AACGCAAAUAGCUCAGAGCAUUCGAUAAACAGAUCGAUCAAAACAUUAAUAACUGGUAGCAUAAUUGCUGGUUUUUCAAACGUGUCAGAGGAUGAAGCAAUAAUAAAUGAUUUCUUCCCAGAAUUUUUUGUGAAGUGGUUGGAGGUCAUGAUGGUGACACUCGACAGAGACGCUGCAGUCAUCGCCGUGGAAUUAUUGCCACCUGAUAAUGACUCCAAGUAAACAUCUCUGGAAGCAAAAGAAAUCAUAAAAAGUCGAACGAUGUCGAUGCUGUCACCGAAGAGACUCGAGGAUAAUGGAGUUCACUCGAUCUCCCGUAGAGGAAGUAUAGCAUUAACUUUCCAAGCUAAUUUAGCAGCCAUUGGAUCAUCCGUGGAUUCUCUCCAGGUAGUUGGAUCGGCUAGAAGAAGAUUAAGUAAUGUCAGUGAUGCCGUCACCAGAAGAAUUUCACAUACCAUUGGAUGGAGAUCAGUGUCUGCGUCAUUGGAACUCAUUGUUGCUCAGGGCUCGUCGUUAUGUGGCCAGUACAUCAGAAAUCGCCUGAAACGUUCCGGAAUAUUCCAACGAAAGCUCGGAUUGAAGCGAAUGAGAAGUGUUCUGUCAUCCACUAGUUCCACAGUUCUCACUGAAGUUUACCCUGAAUUAAUAGCCCUGGGAGUUGAACUGGAGAAGAUGCACCCCAAUCUGUUCACGAGAAUCGGUAGACAAGUGGGAUGUGGAGGAUUUUCAUCAGAGCAGACAGCCGCUGAGGCCCUUCAUGAUGUCUCCAGGGAAAUCCUUAGGUCAGGGGAAAUGACCUGGAGUAAAAUAAUUGCACUGUAUGCAGUGGCAGGGGCUAUCGCUGUGGAUUGUGUUCGACAGGAUCGACCGCAAUUCAUUCCUUCCAUCCAGAGAGCCAUGACGGAGGUCCUCGAAGAAGACUUGGCCACCUGGAUUCAAGCCAAUGGGGGAUGGGUAUGUUCAUU